AUGGCCGAGACCGCAGCAAUACCCCGCCGGCUAGUGCACCGGCGGCGCCGGUCCGCGACGGAUGACGGAGCGGUCGUCCCGGAUCCGAAGCGGAGCCGGAAGAUCGGCACCGACGAGGCGUGCUGCUCUCGGUGCCGGCUUAUUCUCACGAAGGAAGGCCUGACCGAGCUCAACUCCGCCGAUGGGCUUCGGCAUUCCUCGUAUGCCGAGUGCUGCGCUUCAGCCAUGGAGGGCUGCGAAAUCUGCGUCUUCAUCAUCGUCGCGAUCGAGAAGAAGAAGGAACACAAGUGGGACGCCGAUGAUGUCCUCACAUUCCGAAACCGUGCUUCCGAGAGACGUCCCGGUGCUGUCCCGUUCGGCAUCGAUGUCUUGGAGGGCAGUCUUUCUUCCGGUGCGGUUGUCAUAAGCAUCUAUCCGUACGCCGAGCAAGGCAAUCCUGCCGGUAACGGCAUCUAUAGAAGACCACUCCAGAGAGACGUGAAGAGCGAGAGAGCGAUCUCCCGUGCCCGCAGACUAUAUGCCGCGUGCAAGGAGUCCCACAAACUCUGCCGCUACGCCAAAGACACCGUCCUCCCCUCCCGCGUCCUCGACCUCGGCACGGCCGCAGCCCCGACGCUGAAGCUCUACGUCAACGGCACUGAGGAGCACGGCGAGUACGCCGCACUCAGCUACUGCUGGGGCGGACCGCAGCGCGGCCUGCUGAAGCGGAGGACGCUGACCAACAUGGAAGAAGGGAUCAGGAUCGGGGACCUCCAGCAGACCGUGCGGGACGCCAUCGCCGUGACGAGAAGGUUGGGGUUCCGGUACCUCUGGAUCGACGCGCUAUGCAUCAUCCAGGACUGCAACGCGGACAAGGAUAGGGAGAUUGGGAACAUGGCCAUGAUCUACAAGAACGCCGCCGUCACCGUCGCGGCCGGGACCGCGGAGAGAGCAGGCGACGGGUUCCUCGACAUGAAGGCCACCUACCUGCCGGAGCACAGGUUCUGCGUCUCGAUGCGGGCCGACGGGGGGAUGGGAACGGUGUACCUCAGGGCCGAGGCCCACAUCCCCAAGCACACGCUGGACGGGCGCGGCUGGGUGUUGCAGGAGUUCCUCCUGUCGUCGCGGAUGCUCGUCUUCUCCGAGUACGAGCUGCUGUGGCAGUGCAAGGAGACGGAGCUGCGCGGCGUCUCGGGUGACGGCAACGGUGGCGGCCUGGACUACUUACAGACGCAGGAAGGUCUCCCCUGGAGCGUCUUCGACGAGGAGACGGAGUCCGUCUUCGGCAAUGAGGACGCGGAGAGGCGGUACCUCUGGCGGACCAUCGUCGAGCAGUACACCCGCCGCCAGCUCGGCUACAAGGACGACCGGCUGAAUGCGCUCAGAGGGGUCACGAGGGAGUUGGAGACGGUGUGGCGGGACGGCAACGAGUUCGGGCUGUGGAGGAGGUGGUUCGUCGAGCUCCUCGCUUGGUCCAAGAAGGGCUGUGACGAGGGUGACGGGGAGGAUGAGGAGAAGGAGAAGGAGAAUUUGAGGGAGACGAAGAGGGCGCCGAGCUGGUCGUGGGCCUCGGUGAAUGGGCGGAUCCGGUUUACGCAGAUGUUCGAGAGGGAGGACGCGUCCGUUCAGGAGGUGAACUUGCUGGAGGCGCGGGUGUCGAGGCACGUCGUGUUGAAGUGUCGGAUGGUCGAUGAUGAAGAGGUCGAUCCUGCAAUGUUCGAGGACUGGGGAAGCGGCAAGAGUCGGGUGGACGUGUUCUACGAUUUGGACGACAGCGUGGACGAGGUCGGGGAGAGAACCGUGAGCUAUCUGCUCUUGGGGACCAUCAGAGACAACGGAGGCCUUUCGGGGGUUGCACUCAUGGUUGUCGAGGUUGGCCGAGGCUUUUUCCAAAGAGUCGGGCUGGCAAUAUUCGACAAUACCCAAGUCUGGAAGGACACCGAGUAUCGAAAUGUCAGACUGCAAUAG